ACCUGCCAUGAGUAAACGAAAGAAUCCUUCAGGAACGGAUAAUUUAAAUGGGGACUUCUGCGACUUCUUGAUGGAAUUAGCAGAAUAUGAAAAAAACGUUAGCCGUAACAUACACAAGUACAAUGCCUACAGGAAAGCAGCAAGUGUUUUGGCUUCUCACAGGAAGAGAAUAGAAUCCGGAGACGAAGCCAAAAAAUUAAACGGAAUCGGUGACAAAAUUUCGAAAAAAAUCGAUGAGUUCCUACAAACCGGAAAACUACAGAAGCUUGAAAAUAUUCAUCAUGAUGAGGAUGCUCAAUCCAUCAGUUUGCUUACGCGAGUUUCAGGAAUUGGUCCCAUGAAAGCAGCUGACUUAGUAAAGAGCGGGAUUAAAACUAUAGAAGCUCUCAGAGAGAGCCAAAACAAAUUAAACCAUCAUCAACUGAUUGGUCUAAAAUACUUUGAAGAUUUUGAGAAGAAGAUACCAAGAACGGAGAUACAAGAAAUUGAAACCAAAUUGAAAGCCAAAAUUUUGGAACAAGAUCCUCAAUUCACCGUGACAAUUUGUGGCAGUUACAGGCGCGGCAAGUCAGAAAGCGGCGAUAUAGACGCCCUCGUGACCCACCCAUCAGUCGUAGCCGAUAGUAAGAAGAAACACAACGAGCAACUGCUCAAGAGCAUUGUGGAUGCUUUGAGCGGAUUGGUUACAGACACUAUCUCUAUGGGAGACACUAAAUUUAUGGGCGUAUGUCGACUACCAGGACUUCCAGCUCGUCGUCUAGAUAUCCGACUAGUCCUGCCCACGCAGUACCACUGCGCAGUCCUGUACUUCACGGGUAGCGACGUCUUCAACAAGCAGAUGCGUGCACACGCGCUCGAGAAGGGGUUCACGCUGAACGAGUAUUCGCUGAGACCGGUCGGAGUCACAGGUGUACCCGGUGAACCAGUGCCAGUAUCCUCGGAAGAAGACAUAUUCGAUUACAUUGACUAUCCUUACAAAAAGCCAGAGGAUCGUAACAUGUAGUAGGUUAUCGUGUCGCAUUAAGAGGAUACGGUAGCGAAAAUGCUAAAAUGGAAAGGA